AUGAAUAGAGGAAAUGACACAACAGUAAAAGAAUUUAUCCUUUUGGGACUUUCCGAGAUUCCCGAACUUCAGCCAUUUUUAUUCUUUUUGUUUCUUUGUAUCUAUAUUGUAACCGUGGCUGGAAACACGAGUAUCAUUCUUAUGUAUAAUAUCAGCGCAAACCUUCACACCGCCAUGUACUUUAAUCUCGCAAACUUCUCUUUUCUAGAAAUCUGUUACGUCUCGGUCUUCUCUCCCAAACUGCUGGCGGACUUCCUGGCCGACCAGAAAACGAUUUCGUUUUAUGGCUGCGCUCUCCAAAUGUACUGUGCUUUCCUUCUGGGUACCACAGAGUGCUAUCUCCUGGCAGCCAUGGCGUACGAUCGCUAUAAUGCCAUAUGCCACCCGCUUUUGUAUCGCAUCAUCAUGAACAAAAGACUUUGCAGCCAACUGAUAAGCAGCUCAUGGCUGGUUGGUGCCGCUAACGCUUUAGUGCACACCGCUCUUACGUUCUCUUUGCCGUUCUGUGACGACAAUAAGAUCGACCGCUUUUUUUGCGAUGUCUCACCAAUACUUAAAUUAGCAUGCGCAGACACCUGGAUCAACAACCUCCUUAUUUUCAUCGUCAGUGGGGCAAUAUCAGUUAGCUCCUUCGUGGUAACAAUGAUUUCUUAUAUCAAGAUCAUCUUGGCUAUUCUGAGUAUCCACUCGAGUUCCGGAAGGAAGAGGGCGUUCUCGACCUGCAGCUCUCACAUCACAGUUGUUUCUAUCUUCUAUGGGUCCCUCUUCUUUGUCUAUUUGACUCCUAAGUCGACGGACUCAGUCUAUCAAGACAGACUGGUCUCGGUGAUGUAUUCUAUCGUAGCGCCUCUGCUAAACCCUUUUAUAUAUAGUUUAAGGAAUAACGAGUUCAAGGCAACCGUCCGAAAGGAAAUCCAGCACCUUCGAUUACCUAGCUUGCGAGCCGGGCCCUCUUUACUCAAUGCGUCGGUUCUUCUUAGUCUGUCGGUUGUAGUUCUGUCAGACCCAGACGAGCCUCCCACCAACUAUGGUCUGAAGAAGGAGAAAGAAAUGCAAUGGAGAGAAAGUUCCUCCAAAGACGUGAGAAGCGUUUAUUCCACUUCUUACAAGAAUCUGCCGCCUUCUGCCUUUGCGGUCGCCCGCUAUGGAGUGGCUCCCCGCGCUCUGUCCAGUAAUAUGAACCAAAAUAACAACGUCAACAAGAGCUUACAGCUCAGGAACCAGAGACCUCUUCAGGUUCCCGACUAUCCAGCGGGGAGAACCAAGCGCAGCACCGUGACCAAGUUACCUCCUCUGCAUUUUAAUGGGGAAAAAAUGGACAGAGAAAACUAUACGAGAAUAAAAGAAUUUAUCUUCGUGGGGCUAUCCGAGGUUCCUGAGAUCCAGCGAUUGCUAUUUGUUGUAUUUUUAUGCAUCUAUAUGAUCAGUGUACUCGGGAACACGUCGUUAAUUCUUGCCUAUAGAUUCAGCCCCGAUCUGAAUACUCCGAUGUAUUUUUAUUUGGCCAAUCUGUCAUUUCUAGAAAUAUGUUACAUUUCAGCUACCGUCCCCAAAAUGUUAGCCGGCUUGUCGGCGACCAGGAACGCCAUCUCUUUCCACGGCUGUGCUGUUCAGCUGUAUUGCUUUAUCCUGUUGGGCGGCACAGAGUGCUACAUGCUGGCAGCCAUGGCAUACGAUCGCCAUAACGCCAUAUGCCACCCGCUCUUGUAUAGCGCUCUUAUGAAUAGAAGCGUUUGCAUUCAGCUUAUAGCCGGUUCGUGGCUCGUUGGGGCCGCCAACUCUCUCAUCCACACCGUCCUGACAUUUUCGCUAUCCUUCUGCCAUUCGAACGAGAUCAAUCAUUUCUUUUGCGACAUCCCCCCUCUCCUGGAACUGGCGUGUACGGACACCCGGGCCAACGAGCUCGUUCUCCUGGUCACUUGUGGUUGCGUUAUCGUCUUCUCGUUUCUAAUCACCAUGCUCUCCUACAUCCGCAUCAUACUGGCUGUUCUGACCAUUCGCUCAUCGUCUGGAAGGAAGAAGACCUUCUCGACCUGCACCUCUCACUUAAUCGUCGUGUGCUUGUUUUACGGUUCUGCCAUUUUUAUGUAUUUUAGACCCAAAUCUAGCUACGUUAUGGACCAGGACAGGUUAAUAUCCGCCAUGUAUGCUGUUAUCGCGCCAUUGAUAAACCCUUUUAUAUACAGCCUCAGAAAUAGCAAAGUGAAAAUAGCUAUCAAGAAGAUGGUGUGUCAGAUAAUUAUAGAACGGACAUACUGA